CAGCAGCCAGUCGAGUUGGUGCACCGGGCGGUCGCAUCUCGGAGUGUCACUUCUUUUGGUUUAUAUCGACCCAAAGGAUUACAAAAAAAGAAGAAGUCAAAAACAGGAGGACGACAUCUAGCUAAAAAGGUAACAUUUGCACAGAGCCUGUUUGUCAACUUGUCAUUGUGGUACAAACAUGACUGAGGUGGCGCAGGUUGCGGCUGUAGUCGCCCAUGACAUGGAUGAUGUCACAAAUGAAAGUGAACUCAACAUGAGCGACGUGGAAAACAAGGAAGACGAUACGACACAUGAGGAAGAUGAUGCGGUGGCUGAUGAAGACGACACAGCCGUGGAGAAAAGUGAGGAGACGUCACUCACAGAAGACAAAGAGCCUUGCGACAUGAAUGAAGAAGAAAGCAAUGAGACGGACAAGACACAUAUGAACGGUGUGGAUCUCAAAGAAAACGACACAACCGAUGAGAACAAUGAAAGCUCAGAAACUGUUAACGGUGUAGAGCAGGACACAGAGACAAAGGAGGAGGCAGAACUUGACACAAAUGAAGACCCAAAUGUUUCUGAAUUGACACUUAAGAAAGAGAAACUCCUCCGAUCCAGAAAGCUGGUGGCCAGAAGUUACGUGCCAAAGCUGAAGGAUAAGGGGGAGGUGACGGGAAAGUUUGAGGCCAUGCAGAAGGCCAGGGUGGAGCGCAGCAGGCUGAGGAACAUGGACGAGCAGCAGAAGAGGAAGGAUCAAUACGUCAAGGAGAGAGAGUGGAGCCGCAGGAAGCAGCAGAUAAAGGAACUACUCGCUUCCAGUGAUGAGGAAGAAGAGGUGAAGCCAGCAAAGGUAGAAAAAUCCUACGUCCCCAAAAUCACAGGUAGUGUGAAGGGGAAGUUCGCAGUCAUGGAAAAACAAAGACAAGAGGAAGAAAAGAAGAGAAUGGAAGGAGAGAGAAAUAAGAGGGAAGCCCAGGACAACAAAGAAAAAGCCAAAAUAAAGAAAGAAUUGGCUAAGAAAGCAGCUGAGGAAGGAGAUGACACAAUCCUGAUACGGGUGGUUCCAUCGAAGUCGUCACGACCUCCAGGCAGAAUCAAGGUGAACUUUGAAGACAUGGAGAAGAAUCGAGAGGAGGAAGUGAUGAAGAAGGCAGAGGAAGAGAAGAAGAGGCGGUACGAUGAAAACAAACGCUCCUUCAGGGAUGCCAAGCGAUGCUCGGUUGUUCAGGAUGAAGAGGAGAAGCCUUCAGAGAGGGCGCUGGUGGCUCCUGGAAAGCUGAAGAUGACAUUUGAAGAGCUGGAGAAAGAAAGGCAGGAGCACAGGAAGAAGCAGGCUGAGGAGGAAGCUAAGCGCCGCCUGCUAGAUGAGAAGAAAGCUUUCGAAGAAGCCAGGCUGGGAAUGGGAGAAGAUGAGGAGGACGCUCAGGCAGCUCAGGAAGACAAGGAGUACCGGCCUGGAAAACUGAGGUUGAGCUUUGAAGAGGUGGAAAGGCAGAGAGUAGAAGAAGAGCGCAAGAAAGCAGAGGAGGGGUACAAGAGACGAAUGGAGGAGGAGAGAAGAGCUUUCGCUGAAGCCAGGAAGAGCAUGCUUGUAGAUGAGGACGAUGAGGUGCUGAUGGCCUUAGUGAACCUCGAGGGCAGUAAGCCCGGCAAGAUAUGCGCCAGUUUUGAGGAUCUGGAACGGCAGAGAAGAGAGGAGGAGCAGAAGAAGGCAGAGGAGGAGGCCAAGAGGAGACUGGAAGAGGAAAAGAGGUUCUUUGCUGAGGCCCGUAAGAGCAUGGUAGUGGAUGAGGAAGGAGGGAUGGUGAAGAGUGAAUCUCAGGAAGCACUGCACCCUAGAAAACUGGAGAUGAACUUUGAAGAGCUACUGAAAGAGAAGGAGAAAGCUGAGAGGAGUCGCAAGGUGGAGGAACGCAAAAAGAAAAUGGAGCUGGAGAAGCAGGAAUAUGAACAACUCAGAGAAGAGAUGGGCCAGGAUGUAGUGAAUGAAAGCUCAGAUGUUGUAAGCAAAGAGUAUGAAGAACUGACCAAGCUCAAGAGAACUGGCUCCAUCCAGGCCAAGAACCUCAAGUCCAAGUUUGAGAAGAUCAAGCAGCUGACCGAAGAGGAAAUUCAGAAAAAGAUAAAUAUGGAGAGAGCGCGGAGGAAGGCCGUUGAUGAUGAAAUUAAAGAGAGAGAAACUGAGAGGUUCGAGGAGGAGGAUGAGGGAGGAGAAACAACUGCAGCCAGGGUCGAGGAGUCACCGUUCAAACAGAAAGUGGAUAUGAAAGCCAGAUUUCAACAAAUGGCCAAAGCCAGAGAGGACGAGGAGAGGAGGAGGAUAGAGGAGCAGAAGCUCCAGAGGAUGCAGUUUGAGCAGCAAGAGAUUGACGCUGCCCUCCAAAAAAAGAAGGACGACGAUGUGGAGGACGAGGGUAGCAUCAUCAACGGCUCUGCGGCCUAUGAAGAUGAGGAGGAUCAUGCCAGAUCGGGGGCUCCGUGGUUUAAGAAGCCCCUUAAAAACCAAUCAGUUGUGGACUCGGAGCCAGUUCGGUUCACCGUUAAGAUCACCGGAGAGCCCAAGCCGGAGGUGACCUGGUGGUUCGAGGGAGAGAUGCUCCAGGACUGUGAGGACUAUCAGUAUAUAGAGAGAGGAGAGACGUCCUGCCUCUACCUGCCAGAGACCUUCCCAGAGGACGAGGGAGAGUACAUGUGCAAGGCUGUGAACAGCAGAGGCACAGCAGCAAGUACCUGCAUCCUCACAAUAGAAACUUAUGACUACUGAUGCCCUUCCACGUUCAGGAAACUUUCCCUGUUGUCUCUCACUCCUUUUGUAAAACUUCGUCCCUCAUAGUAUGGUCAAACAGCGGAGGGAAGAAAAUAGCAGUAUGCUUGGCAUUCCUAAGGGAGGGAUACACAACACACACAAAAAAAAAAUGCAACAUGUUGUUUACGUUUGUAAAGCUGCACUCCCUGUAGAAUAGGAUGAUACUUGUGCCAAAACAGACACAAUUCUUGUUCCCAUGCCAAGGGUUAUCUUUGCUGCGGGGCCCCUUACGAUAUUUGUGAAAACAGCAAUUUUAAAGUAUCAUAGUAUUGUAAAUAUCACACUUUAUAGUCCAUACAUGCAAACAUUAUGUUUCAGGCAUUAAAAUGUAAAAAGUAAGACGUUCUCGUGCACUAAUUUUAAAGAACAAGGAAUGGGAAUAUCAGUAACAAAUCUGGCUUUGGUAUUUUACUCCUGUUUAACAACUUCAGCAAUAUUAAUCAAUUUUCUGUACUCUUUGCCAUGUUAGUAAAUGGUAUUGUGAUACUUGCCUGGUAUUAUAUCGUGGGGUAAUAUCACUUAAAUAAUCACUUAAUUGGAUAUCCACAUUGAAGAUCUGCCGACAACGAUAUUGCAGGAACAAAACAAUUAGAACUGAUGUAUGUCCUGAUUUUUACUGAAGCUCUAUAGGUCCAGAUUAAAUGUUUUUAAACAGCAGCAAUCUAAAAAAAAAAAAAAAGAUUAAUAUAUUGAUUUUUCAUGCACCAACCCCCCUUUUUCUUUUUGAGUUAAAUGUUAUACUCUUGAUACAGUUGUCAUAAUUCAGUUGUGCUGGACAGUAGGUGACCGAUUCAUGGUUUGAUAAUGAAAAAUAAAUAUAGGCUAGCCUGAAUAUUUGUCGUAUAUUAUAAAUGAAAAUGUUUUAAUAAAAUGAACAAAAACAACA